ACAACAUAAACAGCAAACGCUCUCCGAUACGAAAGAAAUGACGAAAGUGACCUGACAGAUUCGUAUAAAUAUUGAGCUAGAACACUUCAGUCUCUUCAAUCCUACAAUGGCACUCCCCGAAGAGGUAGAAGCUCUCACCAAAGCUUUCUCAGGACAUGGAAUUGAUGAGAAAUCAGUGGUUUCGAUUUUGGGAAAAUGGGAGCCGGAGAAUAGAAAAGCUUUCAGGAAGGGGACGCCACAUCUCUUCAUAGAGGAUGAACGCCAAUUUGAGAAGUGGGAUGAUCGUCGUGUUCGACUUCUGAAACACGAAUUCAUGCGUUUUAAGAAUGCGGUGGUAUUGUGGGCAAUGCAUCCAUGGGAAAGAGAUGCCCGUUUGGCAAAGGAGGCGCUGAAGAAGGGUCCUCAGGCCUAUGGAUUGCUGGUUGAGAUUGCAUGCACCAGGACCUCAGAAGAGCUAUUGGGAGCUAGGAAGGCCUACCAUUCUCUUUUUGACCGUUCCCUUGAGGAAGACAUUGUCUCACUUGUUGAUGGUGUGGAACGUAAGCUCUUUGUUUCCCUUGUGAGUGCCUACAGAUAUGAAGGAUCAAAGGUUAAAGAUGAGACUGCAAAAUCAGAGGCCCAAGAACUUUCCGUUGCCAUUAAGGCUGGUUAUGAGAAGCCAAUUCUUGAGGAUGAGGAAGUAAUAAGGAUACUAGCAACAAGAAGCAAACCUCAUCUCCAGGCAGUUAACAAGCACUAUAAAGAGUUAUAUGGCAAAAACCUUGAUGAGGAUCUUGAUGACUUGAGGUUAAAAGAGACUGUGCAAUGCCUAUGUUCCCCUUUAGCAUACUUUAUUCAGGUUCUGAAUGCAGCAUUGAGAUGUGAUGCAGAUAAGAAUACCAAGAAAGCUCUUGCUCGUGUGAUUGUUACUCGAGCUGACACAGAUAUGAAGGACGUCAUGAACGAAUACCAACAAGCCUAUGGAGUUUCUUUAUGCCAGAAAAUUGAAGAUACAGCUAACGGGAACUUCAAGGAUUUCCUGCUAACCUUGAUUGCCAGAGGAUGCUAAUUUUAGAAUUUGAACAAUAAACAAAAUCUAAGAGUCUAGUUGAAUUAAUUUGAAAAUUAAUGUGGUUGCAUUGUAGCAAA